AUGGCGUCGGCGCGGUACAACAAGAGGCAGCCACCAAAGCGCAAGCUCACCGUCUUCAAAACCUACACGCGUCGCGGACGCGGCCUACGCACCGACGAGGAUCUACCGCAAGAUAUCUUCGUUGGGGAGAUCAAGGGCGUGGUGCGCGACAUGCGGGAUUCGGACGGGGACUGGAGCAGCUCGCAUUUCCGCAUGGCCCUCAGCAACGGACGCGAGCUGGACGCGACGCACGUGAAUUCGCAGGCGCGCUACGUCAACCACACGUGCGGCGAGCCGAACUGCGGGUGGGAGGAGUGGGAGGGGGCCGACGGCAAGGUGCACGUCGCCGUGUUCACUGUCAUGCCCGUGAAGGCUGAUACGGAGCUGACCAUCAGGUACCACGAUUGCACCCAGGCUGGGAUGGAGGAGCCGAAGGCGCCGCCACAACAAUCAAAAAAGGGCGAAGCGUGUUUGUGCGGGAGCGACAACUGCUGCGGUCUGCUAUGGGGCCCUGAACUAGAGGGGCCCUGA